ACCCAUCUCAGCCAAGCCAAAACAAAGGCGUUACUCAUUGUUUAUUAAGAAUAAACACCAACCAAUCCGACAUAAUACGAAUUUUUCUAAUUUAAGUUAAAAAAAAACAUCACCGAAUCUAUCCAAAUAGAACGGCAAGAGUAAACAAAAGCAAAGGCGAGGAAACUAGCGCCGAACAAAGAACUGACAGCGGCGGACCCUUUAAGACCAUUUCGGAAUAAUUAAUGAAGUCAAGCUGUAAACACCACAGAGGCUGAGCUGCGUGGUCGAAGCGAGCAUCCUCCGGACCCGACGAGACCUCGGAGCCAGGUCGCCGCGUGUUUUGUUUGGUCUCGCGGCGGUUCCUCUCCACCUCCACCCUCUUGUCCCCCCUACCACCCCACCUGCACACCUCGACUCGGCAUAUGCGUUCCCCGGGUCCAAGGCGACGACGGCGCAGCAUCGGUCCCAUUUGAAGAGUGCCAUGGCUCGGAAGACGGUCAUUCCCUCCAUGUACUAUGGCGAGCCACGCAAGUUUGACCCAAAAUUCAGAGGGCCGAUUCAUAACAGGGAGCGCACGGAUGUGAUCUGCUGUGUUAUUUUUGUCACCGUCAUCUUUGCCUACAUCAUACUGGGCAUUGUGGCCUGGUUGCACGGCGACCUUAGGAAAGCCGCCUUUCCAACUGACAGCUACGGGAAGUUCUGCGGUGAGAAGGAAAAUAUAAACAAAACCAAAUUGUUCUAUACCAACAUUAUCAGAUGUAUGAAUCCUUUAGUGUGGAUUAACCUGCAGUGCCCGACCACCCAGCUCUGUGUCUCCAAGUGUCCUGACAAGUUUAUGACACUUUUGAAUGCUGUGAAGAACAGCACUGAAUGGCUUUAUUACAAGCAAUUCUGCAGACCAGGAGUAAAGCGGAGCACGAGCAUUGCAGCCCUCAUAAGAAAUGAAGACUGCCCAUCGAUGAUCUGGCCAAGCACACCUUUUCUUAAGCGGUGCUUCCCCACUUUCAUGACGAGUAACGGGAACAUAACCAACCAGACAUUGGUUCACGGAGAGAAAACCAUCACCACCGCAGAUUUGAAAAAUGCUGCCGGCAACGCGUCCUUUAUGCUACACGCUAGAGAUAUCAGCGCUAAGAUCAUUGAGGAUUUUGCCGAAUCCUGGAAAUGGAUCCUGACGGGUAUGGCCAUCACCAUGGUGAUCAGCCUGAUCUUCCUCCUGCUGCUGCGCUUCAUUGCCAGCGCGCUGGUGUGGCUCAUCAUCGGCAGCAUCGUCGGUGCCGUCGGCUACGGUAUCGGCCACUGCUAUUGGGAGUACCAAAAGCUCAUCAGGAAGGAGGGCGCAGACAUCACCAUCUCUGAGCUGGGCUUCAAUCCGGACUUUCAUGUCUACCUGGAGCUCAGCCAGACCUGGUUCAUUUUCAUGAUUGUGCUAUCUGUGAUCGAGGGCAUCAUUCUACUUAUCCUAAUUUUCCUGAGGGAGCGGCUGCUGAUUGCCAUUGCGCUGCUGAAGGAAGCGAGCAAGGCCGUCAGCUACGUGAUGACCGCUCUUAUCUACCCCAUCUUCACCUUCUUUUUGUUGUGCCUCUGCAUUGGUUACGGAGCCGUCGUCGCAAUGUGUUUAGCGACGUCCGGCGUCGCCAUCUACACCAUUACCCCUACAAAUGCUAAAUGUCAAUUAGGCAACAACACCAUAUGCGAUCCAAAGACGUUCGAUGCAAGCAACCUGACGGGAGAUUGCGCACAGUCACGCUGUUUCUUCAACUCCUACGGCCACGAGGACUUCUACCACAGCUACAUCUUGCUCCUCCAAGUGUUCAACGUGUUCGCCUUCCUGUGGUUGGUCAACUUUGUCAUCGCGCUCGGCCAGUGUACCCUGGCUGGAGCCUUUGCCUCCUACUACUGGGCCCUGAGGAAGCCUAAAGACAUCCCCGCUUUCCCGCUUCUUGCGUCUUUUAACAGAGCCAUACGUUUCCACAUAGGCUCCCUGGCCCUCGGAGCACUCAUACUCUCCUUGGUGCAAAUGAUCCGCAUCGGUUUGGAAUACCUGGAUCAAAAACUCAAGGGUUCCCAGACUGCUUUCGCUCGCUUCAUGAUGUCCUGCCUCAAAUAUUGCUUCUGGUGCCUGGAACGUUUCAUCAAGUUCCUCAACAGAAAUGCGUACAUCAUGAUAGCAAUACACGGAAAGAGCUUUUGCACAUCCUCCAAGGAUGCUUUCUUCCUCCUGAUGAGGAACGUUCUUCGGGUGGCCGUCCUGGACAAGGUAACGGACUUUUUGCUCUUCCUGGGAAAACUUCUCAUUGCAGGAACUGUCGGUGCGCUUGCAUUUUUCUUCUUCACCCGGAAAAUACCCCUCAUUAAAGGGGAGGCGCCAACUCUAAACUACUACUGGGUCCCUCUGGUGAUGGUGAUCUUGGUAUCCUACUUAGUCGCACAUGGGUUUUUCAGCGUCUACUCCAUAUGCGUGGACACACUCUUCCUGUGCUUUUGCGAAGACCUGGAGCGGAACGACGGUUCCCUCGCCAGGCCCUACUACAUGUCUCCCGAGCUGUGCAAGAUCCUGGGCAAAAACAACGAGGUCCUAAGUAGUAGCAGCAGCGCUUCCGAGUGAGCAAACUGAUGAACUUGGCUCACCUUUCUUCAUAUCUGCGUCACCAACUUUUGGAACGCAUUUUUAGAGGGGCGUAAAAGGACAACGCCAUUGAACUCCUCACUUAAGGAAUGCACGUUUUUUGUUUGUUUU